UCAAAGACAAAACGCUUCUAUUUGAGGGGGAAAAAACAAGGGAAAAAAAAAUUACCCCUAGAACGCACAAUUUUGUGCUCGGUAAAUAACCAAACAAAGUGUUUAAUUUGUUUUAGAGAGAGAGAAAAAAAAGAGAGAGAGAGAGAGAGAGAGAGAACCAUGGCCAGCAGCAUGAAGCAAGUAGAAGAAAAAAUGCUCUUCUCCUUAGACCUCUACCCUCAAAUCCCUCAAGGCGAUCAGAAGAGGACGAGGAGGCGACGAAGGAGGCCGAAGGCCGAUGAGCUGGCAGGGACCGCUGAGAGCAAGAAGAGGAAGCUCAGUGAUGAGCAGGUGAGUUUUCUAGAGAUGAGUUUUGGGAAAGAGAAGAAGCUCGAGUCAGGGAGGAAGAUGCACCUCGCAACAGAGCUCGGGCUUGACCCGAAGCAGGUCGCCGUCUGGUUCCAGAACCGGCGGGCGAGGUGGAAGAGCAAGCGGCUGGAGGAGGAGUACGUUAAGCUUAAAUCAGAGCACGAUGCCGUCGUCGUUCAGAAAUGCCACCUUGAGAAUGAGGUUUUGAGCCUGAAAGAGAAGCUCUUGGACGCUGAGGAGAAAAUCAAGAAGCUCUCGGAGGGUGGUUGCAGUGUUGGUGAUGGAGGAGGAAGCCCGAGCUCAUCAUCGACGGAGACCUACCAGCCUCCUCCUCCUGCUGCUUUGGGAGAGUUUUGUGGGGUGGAAGAUGAAUUCAUGUACAUAAAUGAGUACAACUGCAUCAUUAUGGAUUAUGGGUAUUUCUUCAUGUAAUUUGUAAUUAGUAUAGAUGCUAGUAUCUAGGUAGCCCGUGUGAUUAGUCAUCGUCAUUACUAACAAAUUCUCUAGAUGGGUGGUGUAUUGACCUUGUAAGGUGUAAAUUGAUGCAAAUUAAUGGAGCUUUAAGUGCUUUUGCUAGUGUGA